GCUCGGGCUCCGGGCUACACUCCCGCUGUGCGCUCCCUAUCCGCAGUGCCCGCUCUGCAGUCGGGCGCGAGGAGCGCAUGGCGCAGAGGCUGGGCGAGCGGACACGGGGGCCCGCCGAGGCCACCGGGCUCUACCGGGCCGUGCUGCUCAGGUCGGCCUCAAUGUACUCAGAGAUCCAGAGGGAGCGGGCAGACACUGGGGGCCUAAUGGCCCGGCCAGAGUACAGGGAGUGGAAUCCGGAACUCAUCAAGCCUAAGAAGCUAUUGAACCCCGUGAAGGCCUCCCGAAGCCACCAGGAACUGCACCGUGAGCUGCUCAUGAACCACAGAAGGGGCCUUGGCGUGGACAGCAAGCCGGAGCUGCAGCGUGUCCUGGAGCACCGCCGGCGGAACCAGCUGAUCAAGAAGAAGAAGGAGGAGCUGGAGGCCAAGAGGCUGCAGUGCCCCUUUGAGCAGGAGUUGCUGAGACGGCAGCAGAGGCUGAACCAGCUGGAAAAACAACCGGAAAAGGAAGAGGACCAUGCUCCUGAAUUUAUUAAAGUCAGGGAAAACCUGCGGAGAAUCGCCACUCUGACAAACGAAGAGAGAGUGCUGUAGAGCUGGCUGCUGGGGCUCCGACACCCUUCUCCAGCCCUUCUGUACCUGUCAGCCCUGGGCCUUGGGACAUCCAUGAUGGUCCCACUUGCUCCUGUAGAAAUGUGUUACCCCAGAGGACCUGGGGACCCCUAACCUCCCAGGCUUUUCCUUCUCAGCACCCACCCUCCAAAUCCAAGAGGAAGUCACUGCCGGGAAAACGUUCACCCAGGCGCCUCUCCCUGAAGGGGAAUUGUGUGCCCUGCAGAGGAGAUGGUUCUGGUAGGAAGGAGGGACAGACACCUCUCUGGCCUGACGAGCCCUCUAGUCUACCCAGGAACCUCCGAGGCCCAGACGGGGCCCUCUUCUUGGAGCAGCCCAGCUCCCAGGUUCCCCAAGAACUCCCCAGCCCAUGGUUUUACCUGCUGCCAGUUGUGGGGCAGCCAAAUGAGUAUUUCGGGACACCUGUCCUUGAAAGCCACUUAGGGAAGGAAGGUUCAAGUGGCAGCUGCCUGCAAUGGAAGGGUACUAUGGCAGCUUUAUAGGGUUGCCCAGGCUUUACCCCACACCCAUACUCUUAUUUUCUCAUCUCCACAGCACUCCUUCUUCAGGCCUUGUAAACACACCUGGCCAGGGCCAUAGUGUUCCUGCUCCCAGAAGUCUAGACUGCCACUUCUCUAGAUUGUGCAUACAAACCAUCUGGGAAUCCUGUUGAAAUGCACCUUCUGAUUCAGUAGAGCUGGGGUGGGGGCUGAGAUUCUGUAUUUCUAAAAAAGCUCCCAGAGAGCUGGUUUGAGGACCACACUGUGAUGUGCAAGGCUGGAAUAUCCAAGGGUGGUGAAUAUUGGAAACAUCAUCCCUGAAGCCAUCUCUGUCCCCCGAAGUCCAUGGACCUCCCUUCCCCCAAACACACCUGGCCCUGCCCUCCUUCUGCAGCCCCAAGAACUUCUCAUUAUCUGCCCCACCCCCAGGGACUCCAGUAGCAAAUGGUGUUGGUUAUGUGAUUGUUGCUUUCACCAGAGAUGCUUCUAAUUGCCAAUCUGUCUUUUUUUUUCCACCGGUGUGACCAUACUGUUAUGAUACAAUUCUAGCCAAAAAAAAAAAGACAAUUUGUUUUUUCCUUUCACCUUUCCCUACAGCUUUUUGAGAGCAAAUACACGCUGAUUUCCAAAUAGGCUUCUGGAAAUAUAAACAGUGGUUUGAAGGCCCCUCUGCCCCUCUAUGAACUGGCCAUUUGGGUGCCCUUCCCAGCCUCUGCCACCUCAGACCUACCUCCUGCUUGGAUUCUAGCUCCUGGGCCAGCUCCAAGGAAUCCACCCCUUCUUCUUCCUCAAAAAUCCCUUCCCAUGCAAGACCCAAUCUUUUAACCUUUUGCUCCUAUCCCAUUUUUAAAGACCUAGAGAAUAAACCAAGCCUGUUUCUUUCCCCCUGAAGAAUAAAAUCCAUGCUUCUGGC